AUGAGGGAUCCUAGCGCACAGUGCCACCUCCAAGUCCCCCCAAACAUUUCCCCCCUCUUCCUAAUCCUGUGUGGGAGGCAGGGAGGGAGGAAAAGGCUCCCAGCUUCUCUGGACUCUUCCCGACCGGGAAAGAGGCGGCUCGCCCAGCGCCCUCCGAGGAGGAAGCGGCGCUUCCCGGGCACUAAACCUCUAGCCGCUUCCACGGGAGGAGGUACUAGCGCAUCUCCCCCCAACUCUCCCAGGGAGGAAACUGGGCCGGAAAAGGCGGGAAGAAGCCUCCGUGGGGCCCCUCUAGGAAUCGCCUGUCAUUCUUCCUCCCUCCCUGGGAUUUCCCCACUUGCGGCGCUUUGGGCGGCUGUGCCAAUUCUUCGUUUGCCGGCAAGGCUGCUCCUGGGUCCCGCUCCGGGCAGGUGCCACCAGGAAAACCUUUGGAGGAAGCUCUGCUUGCAGGAUCCCAUCUGGCUCAGUCACCUGGACCAGAGGUUUCAUCUUCUCAGCUUUUGGACUCGUGCUGGAGCUCAUCCUCCUGCCCAUCUUCCAACCUUUUGGCCAAAGUUCUGCUUGCUUGAGUUUCCUUGGAUGGAAAGCCCUGGAAGUGAGCAGUCCCUGGAAAUUAUGCAGAGGGGGGAACACUUUGGCCAAAGGUGCCCUCAGGGGAAUCUGGGGAGACACUCAAAAUGCUCCAAGUGCGGGAAAUCCUUUGCUCACCAGUCCUUCCUUUUGCUCCAUCGGAAGCUGCAUACAGGAAAUGGAUCCCACCUGUGUUUUCAUUGUGGAAACUCCUUUCCUGGAAUGUGGAGCUUUGCCAAACAUCUCCAGAGCCACCCUGGACUGAAGCCUUACAAAUGCGGAGAGUGCGGGAAGCGUUUUGCUAAAGGAUCGGACCUUGGAGCCCAUCAGCAAAUCCACCAGGGAAAGAGAUCUCGGGAAUCCUGGAAGCGCUGGGGAAGAUUUCCUGGGAGACGGCAUCUUUCUAGGUCUCAGAACAGCUCGGCUGAAGAGAAGCCCUGCAAGUGUGUGCAAUGUGGGCUGUGCUUUUCUCAAACCUCGCAGCUGCUUAAACAUCAGCAAAUCCACAUCAGAGAGAAACCUUAUCAAUGUCUGGAGUGUGGGAAAUCUUUCCGUUAUAAACAAUUAUUUAGAAAACAUGAGAUUAUUCACACAGGGCAGAGUCCUUAUAAAUGCUUUGAGUGUGGAAAAUGUUUCACUCGGAGCUCAUCUCUUUGCCAACAUAAUAAAACACACACAAAGAAGGAAAGCAAAAUGUGUCUAGAAUGUGGGAAAUCUUUUUCCAGGAAAUCAUACCUAAUUCGACAUCAGAGAAUUCACACAGGAGAAAGACCCUAUCAGUGCCCAGAAUGUGGCAGAUGUUUUGGCAGAAAAUCAUCCCUAAUUCUACAUCAGAGAAUUCAUAUUGAGGACAGACCCUAUCAGUGCCCAGAAUGUGAGAAAAGAUUUGUAGAUUCUUCUGAACUUCAGAGACAUCAGAAGGGGCACACAGGAGAAAAACUAUAUAAAUGUAAUGACUGUGAUAAAUGUUUUUCUUUGAAGAAAGCUCUUUUUCAACAUCAGAGUAUCCAUACAGGGGUGAAGCCCUAUAUGUGCAUUGAAUGUGGAAGAUUUUUCCGUAUAAUACAACAUCUCAGAAGACAUGAGAAUGUUCACAGAAGGGAAAAAAAGUUCAAAUGUUUAGAUUGUGGGAGAACAUUUGCUGAUUCAUCAACCCUUAGAAUUCACUGCCAAGCCCAUACGGGUGAGAAAUGCCAUAAAUGCUCAGUGUGUGAGAAAUCUUUUACCCGGAAAGCUACACUUUGGAGGCAUCAGAGAACCCACUUAGAGAAACAAUAUAAAUGUCCAGAGUGUCAAAAAACUUUUCAUUGCAAACAUUAUCUUAGAAAACAUGAGAGGAUUCACAAAGGAGAGAAACCUUUCACGCGAAUGGGUGUGCCGAAAAAGGAAAAGUGCCCAGAAUGUGGGAGAUGUUUUGGCAAAAAGUCAGAACGAAUUCAACAUCAGAGAAUUCAUACCGGAGAAACCCCCUAUCAGUGCCCAGAAUGUGGGAGAUGUUUUGGCUACAAGUCAAGUCUAAAGCGACAUCAGAAACUUCACACUGGAGACACAUCCUAUCAAUGCCCAGUAUGUGAGAAACGAUUUGUGGAGUCUGCUGGACUUCGGAAACAUCAGAAGAAGCACACAGAAGAGUUGCCCUGUAAAUGUGAGGUUUGUGGGAAAGGUUUUCUCACAGCAACACUGCUUCAGGCUCAUCAGAGAAUCCACACAGAGGAGAAACCGUACAAAUGCGAGGAGUGUGGGAAAUAUUUUUCUCGAAAAGAACACGUUGGAAGGCAUCAAAAGGUCCAUACGCGAGUGAAGCCAUAGAGAUGCAUAGAGUGCCGUUUAAAUCUUUGAAGUGUGAUGUAUGGUUUAGCUGGAAAAAUACUCUUUCGGUAUCAGUGAAUUCUUAUUGGAGAGAAACUUUUUAUCAGGGCUUAGAAUGUGACAAAGAUUUUUAUCGGAUCAUCAGAUCUUCAGAUGCACAUGAAAACCCCACACAGGAGGAAAGCCUUACAGGUGUAUAACAUGAGAAUACUUUUCCUUGCCAGUUGGAACAUCUUGCCUCCUGGAGUUUGUUCAUAAAAAUUGCUUUCUUGGAAAUUUUCUUUGCCAAGUUAAAUUGUUAUAAUUUUUUAAAGUUUUAAUUCCAAGAUAUGAAUAUGAAAAUCUGAUAUGAGUAUGAAAAUAUAAUAUCUAAUGUGAAAUUGUCUGAAAUACUUUAAGGACUCCUGCCUUGGGCAGGGAAGGUAGGACUAGAAGACUACAGCUCUGUUAUUCUGUGGUAGCUCCCUUCUAGCCCUAUGAUUCUAAGAAUUUAAAAAGAAAAAGGGAAAUGGAAAUGGAUGAAAAGCAAAAGGAAGGAGUGCUGACAAAAAAGCGGGAAAAACUAAGGUUUCUGCUAAAACCUUGCAAGCCACCAAGGUUUUUAGUUGAGUAGGAUUAAUGAAUCCAGGAAAUAAAUAGAAUCAUAGAAUAUGUAGAGCACAACAGAGAGAAGCCCGGUAGUAAGAAGAACUUUGCUGAUGGUUUUGUGGUAAUUUUAAAAGCCCUUUGGAAGGAAUCAAAAUAUUAAUCGAAACAUUAACAGAUUUUUAGUGCAUUAGCUGGUUUUAAAAUCAAUAGCUAACAAAAAAGUUGACUAAAAUAGGAAAACAGAAGAGAAAAUAGAAUUGAUGGGGAAAAAUGAUUUAAAAGAAAUACAAAAGUAAGACAUUUGGGUAUUGUUACAAACAAUAUGAAUUCAGUGUCAAAAUAAUUGUGAUAAGGCAUGGAAUCAUACUGAAAAGGAUGUGUUCAGGUGGGAAAAAAAUACAAUUGUCACUAAUUAUAGAAGUUCUAUGAUUACAUAACUACAUAACUAGACUGAUGUUUCUGUUUUAAACAAUACCUAUCUGGACAAUGGGUGCACCACAUAAGCAAUGACAGGAAGGUAUAUCUAAGUUUAUAUGGCAGGAGAAAAACCAAGAGUUUAAUUUCAAACUGUUCAAGAUCAAAGACAGGAAAGCCUGGAGGAACAUUGUCCAUGGGGUCACGAUAGGUCAGGCAGGACUUCGCAACUAACAACAACAAAAAGUUUACCAAAAAGGAUCUGUUAAGAUGGAAAAAAUAUAGUUGUCAUUGAUUAUAAUAAUAACUUUGUUGUCAUUGUACAUAUAUACACAGUAUACCCGUACAACGAAAUUCACUUAACACCCAAAGACCAGGUCCAACACAAAUAACAAUCCCCAAACACACACACACACACACACACCACAAAUUCCCCGCCCCUAAACCACCCAAACAUCCAUACAACAGACCAAGUAAUACUGUCCAACAGCUCACUGAUGGUGGCCCUUUGGUUCAUUGCUGAGUACAAUUAUAGCUCUGGGAUAAAAACUAUUCAGAAAACGUGUGAUUAUAGAAGUUUUAUAAUUAAAAAUGACUAGAUUACUCGAUUGAUGUUUCUGUUUUAAAAAAUACCUAUCCCACUGAUGCCUAACAUUUUGGUCGUUGUCCCCCAAAAGUGUGUAUGCGCUAGAGAGUGCAUGCGCGUGCCGACACCCAUAAUGCAAUGUGCGCCCCCUGCUCAUGCUCCUGGCUACCAAGAGGGUGGAUGUCCUGGGGUUGCAUGCAGGCAUUGACAGCAUGGCCAGUGCACAUGCACGCUAAGAAGAGCUGCUCAGUGGG